AUCGGUUGGGAAGUGGGAGCCAGAGCAGAGGCAGAGGCGCAGAGCUCAAUCCGCUCAUGAGGUGCGCUGGAUAAGAUGCCAGGCCUUCAUCAUCCCUGUAGCUGUAAGCCCCUUAAUUUCUUGAACUUAUCCUGUCUACUGAACUUCACUGUUCCCUUCAAAAUCAUUCAGAAGAGUACUACAAUUUCAAGCAGCUCUAGAUGUCCCGUUUCAAUAAACACCCCAAACUUCUUUCCUGUUUCCAUGACCGGGACUCGGGAGAGUUCAGUUUUCUCCACGGAUUCUCUGAUUUGGAGAAGAACCCAGGUUCCCUUUUGCUCCUCCAAUGAUGAUUAUACGGAAUUCGGGGGUACCCGUGUCUGGAACAAACCUGAAAAUGAGAGAUUACAGGAAAUGGAAGGGAUUGAAUUGCUGGGAAAGCCUUCGCCGUUACCAGUAAACGGUGGUUCUGUAACAGAGGUGGAAUCCGAGUCUCCAAAGCUUGAUACAGAUGAUGCCUUGGCUCCUUUCCUGAAAUUCUUUACGGAUAGAGAUUCUGGUGAAGAAGCGAAGGAGGAUAGUGAAUCAGAAGUGAAUAUAGGGGAGGAGUUGGAGUCGCAGUCGCAGAAGGUCCGUGUCAACUAUUACGAGCCAAAACCUGGUGAUUUGGUGGUGGGUGUUGUUGUGUCGGGCAAUGAGAAUAAGCUCGAUGUAAACAUCGGUGCUGAUCUUUUGGGGACAAUGCUGACUAAGGAAGUGCUCCCUCUCUAUGAUCAAGAGUUUCCUUAUCUUUUGUGUGAUAUGAGACAGGAUGCCGAGGAGUUUAUGGUUUCCGGGAAGAUGGGUAUUGUGUGGGAUGAGGAUGCAGUGAGUGGGGAUCCCGUGCCAGGGAGGCCGGUUGUUGAAGUAGGGACAGUGCUUUUCGCUGAGGUCCUCGGGCGAACACUUAGUGGACGGCCUUUGCUCUCCACAAGGCGUCUCUUUCGGCGGGUUGCAUGGCAUCGAGUGAGGCAGAUAAAACAUUUCAAUGAACCUAUUGAGGUUAGAAUUACGGAAUGGAAUACGGGUGGCCUUCUUGCAAGAAUUGAGGGUUUGCGAGCAUUCCUUCCAAAAGGUGAGUUGAUGGGUAGAGUUAACACCUUCACAGAUUUGAAAGAAAAUGUGGGGCGCCGGAUGUUUGUGUUGUUUUCUAGAAUAGAUGAACCUAAUAAUGACUUAAUAAUCAGUGAGAAAGAAGCUUGGGCAUUGCGACACCUUCAAGAUGGAACACUUCUAGAUGGGACUGUUAAGAAAAUUUUUCCAUAUGGGGCACAAAUAAGGAUAGGUGAGACCAAUAGAAGUGGGUUGCUGCAUAUCUCAAGAAUAACGCAUGGCCGAAUCGGUUCUGUCGGUGACUUUCUAACAGUGGGUGAAAAUGUGAAAGUUCUAGUGGUGAAAUCGAUGUUUUCUGAUAAAAUAUCACUAAGUAUAGCAAAUCUUGAGAGUGAGCCUGGCCUAUUCCUAUCAAAUAAAGAGAGAGUAUUUUCUGAGGCUGAAGAGAUGGCUAAAAAGUACAGGCAAAAGCUCCCAGUUGUUUCUGCAACUCGUAAGCUAGAUGACCUUCCGACUGAUGUUCUUCCAUUUGAUGACGAAGCAAGAUUAUAUUCAAACUGGAAAUGGUUCAAAUUCGGACAAGACAAUGCUUCGAACUGACUAAUGAGGUAGCUUGUUUGUACGAUAGUGAGCUGGGAAAUUGGGAGGUGCUAAGCCCCGCAUGCCUGAAGAGACUAAAGUAUCCUUAUAUUAAGUGUCGAACAUUAACUAAAGGUGUUUUAGUGUUUUCAAGUUCAAUCCAUUGAAAAUCGAUGGAAGCAAGGGGAUAUGCAAUGCUCUAGUGAACACCCCAUGUUUCCUUUCCUUUGUUUUUUUUUUUUUUUGUAUAAAUUUUCUCUUUGUUGACAGUUCUAAGAUGUGGAAUGUCAAAAUUUUGCAUGUUGUACCAUAUGUAAUUGCUAUUUAAUUGAUAUGAAAAGAUACCUUGUCAAGCGAACAA